AUGGCAGAAAACGAGCUUGCUGCGUUCAGGGAGCGUUGGAAAAAAGAGUUAACGUGUAAAAAAGAAGACAAGCCGCCACUUGUUGGUGAUUCUGCCUCAUCUUGGGAUCUUCCUGGUCAGUCAGGAAGAAAAAACUUGAAAAGAAACAACAAGGCCUGUAGUUCUUCCAUUUCAGAAGAAGGUGUUUGCGCUGAGGAUGAAGCGUGUGUUGGUGGAGGAGCAGGACAAGCUGCAGCAGCACAGACCGACGAGGAUCAGCCUCAGUAUGUGUCCAUUGCACGCGGUUUGCUGGACGGUAGGACCAGUCCUCUGCUGGACAGGAUUCAGGAGGAGAGAACCAGGAGAAAGAGACAUUAUCAGAGCAUGACAGAUGUCUGCAGUGCAUCUCUGCAGCAGCAGCAGCGGCCUCAGAGGAAAGUGAAGAAAGAAGAGCUGGUGGAUCAACUCAUUCAGGAUCUGAAUGAAGUCAAUGACAUUCCCUUCUUUGACAUCGAGUUGCCUUACGAGUUGGCCUUGAAGAUUUUCCAAUACCUCAACUGCACUGAACUAGGCCGGUGUGCCCAGGUGAGCAGGGCAUGGAGAGUCCUCGCCGAGGACAGCGUUCUGUGGUUCAAGAUGUGCACCGGGGAGGGCUACCAUCAGGACGCCAGCGUGUCCGACUCCCCCUGCUGGAAGAGCACGCUGCGAGACUGCAGGAAUUCAGCCAAGACCGUGAGCUCCAACUGGAAGAACCGAGUGGGAUCCAUCAGCCAGCUGCAGUUCGAGUUGGGGAAGGUGCUGUGUGACGUCAGCUCCUGCGACAACUUCGUCUUGGCCGGGUACACGUCUGGUGAUGUGAGGCUGUGGGACACGCUGCACUGGGACUCGGCGGCCUCGUACCUGAAGGCCAACAGUCUGUCUGUGAACACGGACCCGAGGCCACACGUCAGUCACGUCCAGGUCAACGGCGCGCUGGCUGCUGCUGCGUAUGAAGACGGUUGUGUCGACCUGUGGAGCACAGAGACGGGCGGGGAGCCCAUCCACCACUACCAGAGCCCGGGAAGGAUCCAGGCUCUGGCCCUGAGCCCCGACAGCCCCGUCCUGCUCUCUGCCUCCGGAUCGGACGUCCGGCUGGACCGUGCCAGUGACUGCGGCUACUGGAGGACGGCCUGCCAGGCUCAUCUACCCAAGGCCGUAGACAGUGUGGCUGUGGUACCUGGCAGGGAGCAGCAGUGGCCGCUGGCUGCUCUGGCGGCGGGGGAGACGGUUUACCUGUUGGACCCCCGGGAGGAGAAGCCGCGGACUCUCCACUCAGUCUACGGUCAUCCUGUUACCUGCCUGGAUGCCUCCGACUCCCAGGUCGCGUUCGGGGUGAAGCGCUCAGGCUGGGCCAUGCACGACGGAGGCAACAAGAUCCACGUGUACAGCCUGGAGACGAGCAAACCGACGGUUUGUGUCGGCAACUCUCCGGGAGAUUUCACUUGCAUCAACCUGAGAGACAGCCCCCCUCAUCUGUUGGUGUGUGGAAACAAAGACAGAAGGGUCCGGGUGUUUGACCUCAGAGCCGGCUCCUCCGUGGCGUCCCUGUACGCCCACCACCUGGGCGUCACCUCGGUGCAGGCGGACGACUGGAAGAUCGUGAGCGGCGGAGGCGAGGGCUUGGUGUGCGUUUGGGAGAUGAGGAUGGGAGCCAAGCUGUGGGAGAUGCACAACAGGCAUCCUGUAAGACACGUUCGCUUCAACACCAGCACCCUGGUAACAGCCAACAUCCCCGAUGACAAGUCGCCGCGGGGCGCCUGCAUCACAGACGAUGACCUUACAGCUCAUCGCAGACACAGAGGCGUGAUCUGCCACUACGACUUCUCCGAGGACUCGCUGUCACAGGACCACAUCCUGCCCAUCUGCAGGUCCGACUACACCGAGUCACACGGCUACAACUACAACAUCAGCCUGGCGGUGCCGUACGACAGGCUGUCCGCUUCCCAUUCGUCACGCUGAUGCUCGGUUGUGCAAACUGCAAAUGGACUCACUGUGCAAGUGAAAGGACAGUGGAAACAUUCACCAGUUUGAUUCUCCAAACUGUAUCCUUUUAUUUAAUUACUUUCCUUUCAUCAUGCUGAUCAAGGCUUUGGAAUCUGUAACUGCUGUAUAGGUAUUUGUAAUUUACAGUGUUGAAUUCAGCUGCCCAGAUGUUGCACAGCCUUGUGAACCAUUACUGUAAAUUAUUUCUGUUUUAGAUUCCUGGAUUCAAUUCAUUCAAUCACAGCCAUGAAAAUGUUUCUUCUGAAUUCUUCUGAAUGCAUUUUUUAAGUAGUGUCCUUUAAAAAAAAAAAUCUUACACAUGCA